CUUUUGUUCUCGUACGAAUAGAACAUGGCGGUGCUAGGCAGGAUGUGCAAAAGCUUUUAAUUUCUGCGCUAACGAUUUGCAUUUUUGGUUUAAUCUUUAUGACAACAAAGUUUUUUUGAAUGCUACAUUACAUGCAUUUGUAAUUGUGGAUUAUUUUAACUUUACCAAGGAGUAAAAUUUUUGGACCAAGUUGCAAUGAAAAUUAUUACUUCAUUGGUGGUAUAAAAAUAAUUGUGACAAAUAUAGCACUUAAUUCCAGCAAGCCGUGGUGGACAUGGCUACGCUUAUCCAAGAGAACGGUAUCAAGGAGUUGAGUAAAGGAACACACGGAGUUGUUGUGAACCAUGGCAUGACAACACAUGGCGUUCCUAAUCACAUGGUGCCAGAUCAUGAAUAUUGUGAAGCUGGCAAACCAGAACAACCCCCACAACAAUGUCUCGAGACUGCAGAUGCAACAGUACAACAGGCCCCUAUGGAAGAAGAGGAAGAAGAAACCCCCGAAAUAGACAUAAUGAUAAACAAUGUUGUGUGCAGUUUUAGUGUUAAGUGCCACCUAAACUUGAGAGAGAUCGCUUUAAAUGGUGUAAAUGUCGAGUUCCGACGAGAAAAUGGUAUGGUGACAAUGAAACUUCGCCGCCCCUACACAACAGCGUCAAUCUGGUCGUCAGGACGUGUGACGUGCACAGGUGCGACCAGUGAGGAUCAGGCGAAGAUCGCAGCACGGCGAUAUGCCCGUGCCUUACAGAAAUUAGGAUUUCAAGUGCGCUUCCGCAAUUUUCGUGUAGUCAACGUUCUGGGAACUUGUCGAAUGCCUUUUGGUAUUCGAAUUAUAGCCUUUUCAAAGAAAUAUAAGGAAGCAGAUUACGAGCCUGAACUUCAUCCAGGUGUGACAUACAAACUUUAUAACCCUAAAGCGACACUGAAAAUUUUCUCUACAGGAGGCGUCACAAUCACAGCGCGCAGCGUGAACGACGUGCAGUCGGCUGUGGAGCGCAUCUUCCCGCUCGUGUACGAGUUCCGCAAGCCGCGCACGGCGGCGGACGAGGAGCUGCUGCGCCAGCGCCGGGCGGCGCGUCGGCCGGCGCCCAGCGCGCCCGCGCCUCGCGAGGUGCCGCGAGAGACGCCCGAGGCGCCGCCCGCGCGCGUGCCUACCGACCCCAUGCACCUCGUCACGCUGUCCGACGACGAGGACGCCGACGCAGACGCCUGGGAAUGACGCGCCCCGUCCCGCGCCCACCCUCCGCUGUGAAACGACGGACUCUUGUUUGGCAUAGAGCGAUGACCGUCGGUCGUUAGUGUAACCGCGUGUGAAUUGUCGGCGAGCUCUUUUCGGUUCAUGCCAAAGAUAUUUAUUAGAGGAGGUGCUUCGCGCUUGUCAACGGACGCCGCCGCCUCGCCGCGCCCGCGGGCCGCUUGUUCUCGGUUCGUUCGCGGAUGAAUUAUGUUCGUGAUGCUCCCGUGACCUCUAUUAGUAUGCGUAGGUACGGUUGAUUCGUUUGACUCGUUCGAUUCGAAACCAAAUUGUCGUAAUUGAUAAAUGAUGAGAUAAUAAAUCUCUUUACCGAUACUCA